UUGAAAAGAGGGAGAAAUGAAGAAAGAGAAGGUUGAGAUACGGUAUUUGGCACCUUGUAUUUGGUUACUACUCUCUCUCACCACAAUCUUCCUCCCUUUAUGUCAGUCCUUCAAUUAUGGCCAAGCCCUGUCCCAGAGCCUACUCUAUUUUGAGUCACAGCGUUCAGGACGCUUACCCUACAACCAAAGGGUCACUUGGCGUCACCAUUCUGCCCUCACCGAUGGCCUAGAACAAGGGGUGGAUUUGGUUGGAGGGUACUAUGAUGCAGGGGACAAUGUGAAAUUUGGUUUGCCCAUGGCAUUCACCGUCACACUCCUCUCCUGGGCUGCCGUAGAGUACGGCCAACAAAUCGCGGCUGCCGGCGAGUACGUUCACACGCUCGAGGCCAUCAAGUGGGGGACUGACUAUUUCAUAAAGGCCCACACACACCCCAAUGUUCUUUGGGUUGAGGUGGGUGACGGCUACACUGAUCACUACUGUUGGCAGCGGCCGGAGGACAUGACGACAUCGCGGCGAGCUUACAAGGUGGAUGCGGAAAACCCUGGUUCGGAUGUGGCCGGUGAGACUGCGGCGGCAUUGGCGGCGGCAUCCAUGGUGUUUAGGAGAAGAAACCCACAUUACUCUGAACUACUUUUGCAUCAUGCAGAACAGUUGUUUGAGUUUGGUGACAAGUACAAGGGGAAGUAUGACGAGAGUGUUGGAGUGGCUAAAGGGUAUUAUGCUUCGGUUAGUGGCUACAUGGACGAGUUGCUAUGGGCAGCUAUUUGGCUUUAUAAGGCCACACAAAAGGACCAAUAUUUAAACUAUUUUCUGGAGAAUGCUCAUGACUUUGGUGGGACCACUUGGGCCAUCAAUGAAUUCAGCUGGGAUGUUAAAUAUGCUGGUGUUCAAACCAUUGCUUCUAUGUUAUCGAUGGAAGAAAAGAAACACAAGCAGCACGAAGUCGUACUUAAACAGUAUCGUUCAAAAGCCGAGCACUAUCUCUGCGCGUGCCUCAACCUCAACAACGCGAGUAACGUGGAGCGCACCCCAGGAGGGUUACUGUACACCCGCCAAUGGAACAACAUGCAAUACGUGGCAACGGCAUCGUUUCUUCUCACACUGUAUUCUGAUCACCUCCGAGCCACACAUCAGAAGCUGCAUUGCGAAAAGGGCGAGGUGGGUCCAGACGAGAUGUUUGCCUUUGCGAAAUCACAGGUUGAUUACAUCUUAGGUUCUAAUCCAAUGGGUAUGAGUUACAUGGUAGGGUACGGUCCCGAUUUCCCGCAGAGGGUGCACCAUAGGGGCGCAUCCAUAGAAUCAUCAAAGGAAAACAAGGGUUUUAUCGGGUGCAUCCAGGGUUAUGAUAGCUGGUAUGGACGCGUUGAAGCCAAUCCAAAUGUACUAACUGGGGCCGUGGUUGGUGGGCCUGACAUGAAUGACGAAUUUAAAGACGAGAGAUCAAAUUACAUCCAAACAGAGGCUUGCACCUACAAUACUGCCGCUUUAGUAGGGGUUUUUGCUAGAUUGCAUCAAUCACAUGGUGAUGUUUAUUUAUUAUCUUCCUCUUUGAUAGCUUCUAGCUAAUUAACGUUAUAGAGAAAAUUUUGCUGCACUACCAGAGAAUUUUUUCAUGGCUUUUUUGCUGCCAUCGUGAUUUUACUAUACAGUAAGAUAAUACAAACUAUAGAAUCAAUAGGUGGAGAAUAGGAAAGUGUACCCCUUCUUCU